AUGUCGAGAUCUUUCGCGAAUAAGCGGUUGGCAAGGGAGCUAACUAAGCUCCAAGAGCACCUUCCACCCGGAGUCGCAACUGUUAAAACCGACAGUCUGGAAGAAUUCCACAUGGACAUACAAGUCCUUGACGAAAACCCGCUCUACAAAGGCCAGACGUACCGACUCAAGUUUCUUUUUUCAAGCAGAUAUCCCAUUGAACCCCCCGAAGUCCAGUUUAUUUCUAACACGGCCCCCUCCGACACCCCCCGAUACAUUCCUAUUCACCCGCACAUCUACAGCAACGGCAUAAUCUGUCUUGAUCUCCUUAGCCAAACGGGUUGGUCCCCUGUGCAGACAGUGGAGAGUGUCUGCAUGAGUCUUCAGAGCAUGUUGACCGCCAAUACCCGAGACGAACGCCCACCGGGUGAUAUGGAGUUUGUGGCAACCAAUCGCCGACGCAUUCGGGAUAUCAAGUUUGUUUACGAGGAUGAUAAUGUUUGA